AUGAGUGCCAUCCAUAAACUCUCCAUUCAAGGUAUACGAUCAUUUGAUUCAAAUGACAGAGAGACUAUUGAGUUUGGUGCACCACUAACUUUGAUUGUUGGUAUGAAUGGAUCAGGGAAAACAACAAUCAUUGAAUGUUUAAAAUAUGCAACGACUGGUGAUUUACCGCCGAACAGUAAAGGUGGAGUUUUCGUCCAUGAUCCAAAGAUUACUGGUGAAAAAGAUAUACGUGCCCAAGUAAAAUUAGCUUUUACAAGUGCAAAUGGGAUUAAUAUGAUUGUAACCAGAAAUAUUCAACUAUUAGCUAAAAAAACUACAAAUACAUUUAAAACGUUAGAAGGUCAAUUGGUGGCUAUUAAUAAAAGCGGAGAGAGGACCACUUUAAGUACUAAAUCUUUAGAGUUAGAUACACAGGUACCAUUAUAUAUGGGUGUCCCCAAAGCUAUUCUAGAUUAUGUGAUCUUUUGUCACCAAGAAGAUAGUCUGUGGCCAUUAAGCGAGCCUAGUAAUUUGAAAAAGAAAUUUGAUGAGAUAUUCCAAGCUAUGAAAUUUACUAAAGCUAUUGAUAAUUUGAAAACAAUUAGAAAGGACAUGGUUGUAGAUAUUAAAUUAUUAACACAGUCUGUGGAGCAUUUAAAAAUCGAUAAAGAUAGAUCAAGAACUACAAAAAUGAAAAUUCACCAAUUAGAAGCUAAAAUAGAUGAAUAUCAAAGUGAAGUGAAUUCAAUUGAAGAUCAACUGAAUAAAGUUACUAAAGAAUCAGAUAAGCUUUUUAAAACAAAUCAAGAUUUUCAAAAUAUUUUGUCGAAGACAGAAAAUUUGAGAAAUCUCCAUUCUGUUACUCUGAACGAAAUUGAUAGGUUAUCACAUUCUAUUGAUAUAGUAGAUAUACCUUCUGCAGAAUUAAACAGCAUGUUGGAGAAUUUUUCUGAAGUUUUAGAGAAAAAAGAAAUACUGAUUAAUCAAUAUGAAGAUAAAUUAUUUUCAAUUAAGUCAAAGCAAGAAACACUAAAUAGGAGCAGAGAAGUAUUAAUAAGAAAAGAAGCUGAGUUAACUUCUCAAAAAAAUACUUACUUGCAAUUAAUUGAAAAAUUAAAUAGUUCAGUAGACCAAUUUAGCUCAAAGUACAACAUUACCUUUGAUAAAACCAUCUCCCAAACAAACACAAAUAAUAAUCACUUUGCAUUGUGUUUAAAUACAUUAGAACAACAUUUUCAAGACUUAACAAUACAGCUGAAAGAUUUGAAAAAAGCUAACAAUUUAGAACUGGCCAAAUUAGAAGACAAGUUAAAAGCUAAGCAAUAUAGUGAAACAGCGCAAAUCCAGAAUUUACAAUAUUCAAAUCAAGAUUUAUAUAAAUUAAAGCAGCAAGUAAUAUCUUUAUCAAAAGAUAUAGAAAAUACAACAACUUUAGAAGAAGAAUUAAAUCAAGCUAAUCAUGAUCUUAAAGAAUAUAAUAAACAGUUAACAACCUGGGAGAAAGAUGAACCCGUAAGUGUAAUUGCUUCUCAAAUCAGAGAAAAAAAUAAUGAGUUGUUAUCAGUUGAAAGAGAGGUAGAAGGCCUUCAAGAUAAAAUUUUGAAAGCAAACCAACAAACUGAUCUUUUUGCAAAACUAGCUGUUAUUAAAAAAACGUUGGAGGAAAAAAAAUUAAUGUUAUUUAAUUUAACGACAGACUUAGAAAAUGCCUUGUGUUUGAAAGGAUUUAGUUUGAAAUUGUCAGCUGAUAUUGAUAUAGAAUUUAAGAAAGUUUUUAUUAACUUACAAAGAGAUAUUGCUUUAUCUAACAAAGAAUUAACUGUUGCCCAAAAGGAAUAUACGGAAAACUCAUUUUGUUUAAGUACACUAGAAAACGACCUUAAGCAAAACUUAGAAAACAAGGCGACAUUAAUAAACCAUCUAAAGGGAAGUUUACCUGAAAAUUGCAGUAUCGAAGAUUACAGUGAUAUACUUUUGGAAGCGGAGCUUUCUUACAAGACUGCUUUAGAAAAUUUGAAAAUGCAUCAGACUACCUUGGAAUUUAAUAAAAAAGCCUUAGAAAUAGCCUAUCGUGAUAAUUGUUGUUAUCUAUGUUCACGAGAAUUUGAAACCGAUGAAUUUAAAAGUAAAUUACUCUCAGAAUUAAGACGAAAGACGGAUUCUAAGUUUGAAAUGACUUUAAAGGAGACAGUAGAGGAAGAAAAGAAAUUUUUAAAUGAAUUAAGAUAUUUAGAAAAGGAUAUAAUUUCUCUAAACAAUUUAUCCAAAAAAAUAAAAGAAUUUGAAGAACUUAAAUUAAAUACUUCAAAAAGUGUUAUAGAGUCUAGAGAGAAGCUUUCACGUGUGGAAAAGAAAAAUACCAAUCUCAAAGAAUCUCGUGAUUAUGGUGAAAAGAUAUUAAGCAGAAAGAUUGAACGAUAUUUAGAUGUAUCAAAAGAAGUGACUGAACUAACUUUUGAAUGUGGUGAUAUCUCAAAGAAAUUAGAAGGAUAUAGUGAUGAGAAUGGAAAGAUUGAAACUAUAGAUGAACUCCAAGAAAUGCAAAAAUCAAAGAAUGAUUUUAUGCGUGAAUUACGUAAUGAUAUUAAUAAUUUGCAAGAGAUGAGAGAAAGAAAGACAAAAGAACAUAAUAAUAUCUUAAGUAAAAUUAAUGAAAUAAAAAUGCACAUUAAAGAUAUGGAAAAAUCCAUUAUAUCAACAAAGAACCUACAAAUAGAUAUUGAUAAUAAAAAUAAAGAAAUUGAGAGUAUUACAUUAAGAGUAGAGAAACUAUCUACUGAAGUUAAAGAGUUAACAGCAGAAAGAAAGGAUAUAGAGCAGUUGCUUAAUAAGAAAAAAGAAGAAUUUCAAAAUAAUACUGAUCUGAUAUCGGAUAGACUAGAAAGAGUUAAGAAUGAUUAUGAUUCUUUUAAAGUAGAUUAUACUCAUAUACAAAAAUUCCAAGAGCAUGGAUCAAAUCAACUAGACUCUUGUCAUAAGGAAAUUAUGAAAAUUGAGAGGGAAAUUAGAGAAAACCAAGACUCAAUAGAAGAGUUAUUGAAAAUGUUGACAGAACAGAAAGAAAAAUUGAGAGAUUCAAAGAAUGAAAAAAGAACUUUAAAAGACAAUUUAGAGCUAUUAAAUUUAAAAGGUAAACUAAAGGAGAUUGAAAAUCAAAUUGAGAAAUUGGACAUUAAAAAUGCAGAAAUUCAAAGAGAUAUAUAUAAAGAAGAGUCUACUCGACUUCGCUCAUUAUAUGAAAAAUUGAGCGCAGAUAAUGCUGGAAAAUUGGGUGAGAUGAGACAAUUACAAAAUCAGAUUAAUUCUUUAUCAAGUCAACUAACAUCUGAAUAUAAGGAUAUUGAUGAAAGAUAUCACAAGGAAUGGGUUAAAUUACAGGCGAAUAUUUUUGUUACUGAUGAUAUUGAUACAUAUUCUAAAGCAUUAGAUAGUGCUAUCAUGAGAUAUCAUAGUUUAAAAAUGGAAGAUAUCAAUAGAAUUAUAGAUGAACUAUGGAAACGUACAUAUAGUGGUACCGAUAUUGAUACCAUAAAAAUAAGAUCUGACGAAGUUAAAAGUUCAGUAAGGUCAAAAUCAUACAAUUAUCGUGUAGUGAUGUUUAAACAGGAUGCUGAGUUAGAUAUGAGAGGAAGAUGUUCUGCUGGUCAAAAAGUAUUGGCAUCUAUUAUAAUUAGAUUAGCAUUAGCAGAAACAUUUGGUAUCAACUGCGGUGUAAUUGCACUUGACGAACCUACAACCAAUCUUGAUGAAGAAAAUAUUGAAAGUUUGGCUAGGUCAUUAAAUAAUAUUAUUCAAUUUAGAAGACAGCAAAAAAAUUUCCAAUUAAUUGUUAUCACACAUGAUGAGAAAUUUUUAAGUCAUAUGAAUGCAAUUCAAUUCACCGAUCAUUUCUUUAAAGUUAAAAGAGAUGAUAGACAAAAGUCCCAAAUUGAAUGGGUAAAUAUUAAUAGAGUUAAUGAAUAUUAG